GACAGAUUCAAAAGUCUCAGACAAUAUUAACUGUUAGACAACCACUAGUGGAGCACUCUGGGAUAUCUCUGGACCUGUUAACAUGUGCCGAGCAUUAGAGCAUCUGCCAAUCACCUGUCUGGAAAGGGCAAAGGAGCUAAAGGCUCGGUUUGGAAGUUUUCUCCUGAAGCAAGAGCUUAAUAUCAUGGGCCACUCUCAAAAAGCUGACAAACUAACUUUAGAGAACAGGAAAAAAUGGAGCCAGUCUUUCUAUGAACUCCUGGCUCACAAAGAGGGACUGUGUGCUUUCAGAGCGUUUCUGUCAUCUGAGUACAGUGAAGAAAACAUCGCUUUCUAUCUGGCCUGUGAGGACUUCAAGAACACAAAGAAUUCCUCCAAGCUGUGUCCCAAGGCCAAGAAAAUCUAUGAGGAAUUCAUCUGCUGUGAUGCACCGAGAGAGGUUAAUCUGGAUCAUGAAACUAGAAGUAUCACCCUGAAGAGUAUGGAGCAACCCACCCUCUCCUCCUUCAACCUGGCCCAGAGCAAAAUUUACACCCUCAUGGAGAAAGAUUGUUACCCUCGUUUCCUAAAGUCAACCGUCUACCAGGAACUCAUCACUCAACAUGUGGGCUAAACUAUCCAUGCCUGUAGCAUGGAAGACUCUAGGGACAGAAACAAUGGAAUGUGUCACAGACGAACACAGCAUUUGUGUGAUGUGACCAGGGACUAAAAACGAAAUGUUUUUCAUUUUGGUUCGUUCUAAGCAAAAACUGAUUAGAACUAAAUAAAUGAACGGUUAAUAACAGUCUUUUACAAAUGACAGUAAUCUACUCUAAGGGGUGGGUGAAAUACCUAGUUGUGUUGCAGCAACAUGGUCUGGAAAAACAAGCCCAAAAUAAGCCAGUUGCCUCACCAAAAUAAGCGAAAAUUAGCAGAAAAAAUGUUUUCCUAUGUGGUGGAUUUAUCGGCAUAGAAAUCAUAACAAGCAGUUAAUUAUCAGUUAAGGAUCAUUUUAUUUACAGAUCUGCUUCUGAGUCAAAACCCGGCAGCAUCAAAUCUGUAUUAAUGCAUCAUAUCUAACAAUAAUACAGUGAAGACUUGGAAACAACUGAGAAAGGUACUUUUUACUUCUAAUAAAGUUUUCCUUGUACCUAGAUUAGCUGUGCAUGUAUAUGUAGUAAUUAUAUAUCAUUGUUAAAAGGUCUUCAUUCAGAGAAUGUGACAUCCACAACGGGCAAUUAGGCAAAGAAAUGUGUGAUGGAGCAAUUUCCUUCAGUAUCAAAGCACGUUUCAUUUUUUCGGGCAACAUGAAGUGGUGUAGCUCCAAAAAUGUACUGUGAUAAACCUUUUGGCCUUUAGUUUCAUAGAAAAAUUAUCAGAACAAAAUUAACCGGUUACUACCGGUUACCAGCAUUUGAAAAUAAAGUAUUCACUACGGAACAACUGAAAAACACGUUGCUCUGGUUUUUGGUUAAGUUCUGCUGUUAAGUUCUGCUUUUUGAAUGAAUCAUAACCUGUAUCAUGGGGUUCAGGAGGUCUUAUGGUGGAGACACAGACUCAAAGACCAGACUGGAAGGACAACUUGUGGAUGAUUGAGUUUAUCAGUGCAGUAGUGGAGCACACUGAUGAAGUUUGUUGCACUGGGGAGUUACUGUGAAAGUUGGCUGACUUUUGCACUUUUAUGUAAAACUGUUUCUUUUUUUUUUUUUUUUGCAUUUUGUAUUGAGUAUUUAUUAAAGAGUUAUAUUAAAAAUAGUAUUAUUUAUA